UUUAUUUUGCUUUUGAACCAUCAAAUUAUUGGAGGAUCCAAAAAAAAAAGAAAAGAAAAAUCCUUUUCCCCCGAAAAACUCCAUUGGAGAUUGUGUUGAAGCUCUCUCUGCUGUGGCCUCGAUGCCAUUCCCAUCCCAGUAGCUCUCUCAGUACUGGGACGAUGCCAACCUCAGCUUCUUCUGCGAUUCCCAAGCCCUCCUCCGACCUCAUCGCCCGAUUGACUGUCGCCGACGCCGCCGUUAACCUCAAGGCAUUGAGAGACAUCAAAAAUCAGAUCAUCGGUAACCGCACUAAGAAGCUUUCCUUCAUCAAGCUCGGCGUUGUCCCUCACGUUGCUGCUAUUCUCUCCUCCACUUCUGACCCCAACAUUCUCGUCCAGUCCGCUGCUGUUCUUGGCAGCUUUGCUUGCGGCGUCGACGCUGGUGUCUCUGCCGUUCUCGAUGCCGGAGCCUUCCCUAAACUGCUUCGAUUGCUUGCCGAUCCCGAUCCCAAGGUUGUGGAUGCAGGAGCUCGUUCGUUAAGAAUGAUUUAUCAAUCAAAGUUGGCUCCAAAGCAUGAUUUCCUUCAGCAAGAAAACACCAAAUUUCUUCUUUCGUUAUUGAAUAGUCAAAAUGAAAACGUGACUGGACUUGGAGCAAGUAUCAUUGUUCACUCAUGUGAGACAAUUGCAGAGCAGAAGGCAUUGCAUGAUGGUGGAGUUCUAGAGAAACUGAUUGACCUUCUUGAUGGUUCUCUGAGUCAAAGGGAUGCUAGUUUGGAGUCUAUUGCAACGAUAUUUAAAAACAAUGUUGAAGCGAUAGCAAGGUUCAUGCAACCUGGUAGAGAAAAUUGUCUGAAUUAUAUAAUUGAGCUUAUGAAGGACAGAAAUCCCAAGACAAGAUUGUUAGCCUGCGUAUGCUUAAUUGUUAUAAGGAAUUCAUCACCUUGUUAUUUGCAAGAUAUUGGAAUCAAAAUGAAAUUGAUACAUAGUUUGCUUGAGCUUCUUGACAGUCCAGAUCAAGUUGGAGAUGAAGCUCCGUUUGUUUUUUCAACUUUAAUUGCAGAGAAGGAGGAGCUACAGAAAUUAGCUUUUGAGGCAAAUGCAAUUGAUAAGUUGUACAAUUACUUGCAAAAGGAUCAGUUAAGUCCUAGACGUUUUCAAGGAAUGUUGCUGGCCUUUUCUCAUCUGUGCUCAAAGUUGGAGAGCUGUAGGUCUAGAUUUCUCUCUUUGCAGGUAAUGAACAUAGUGAUUGAUGCCAUAAAACAUGAAAGUAGCGACAUACGUAUUGCAGCUUGCACUUGCUUGAGAAGUGUUUCUCGAUCUAUCAAGAAUUUGAGUGCAGGUUACUUUAUGAACGAAGCAGUUGUCCUUCCCGUAGUUCGGCUUUUACACGAUCCUUGUAAUGAUGUUCAGCUUGCAGCACUUGGUGCUAUUAGCAACAUAGUGGUUGAAUUUUCAACAAAGAGAUCAAUAUUUAUAGGAUGUGGAGGCGUGAAAGAGCUGGUUCGAUUAUCAAAGUCUAUGGACUUGGAAAUAAGGCUUAAUGCAUUGUGGGCUUUAAGGAAUUUAAUGUUCCUCACAAAUAUUAUGUGUAAAGAAGCAAUCUUCAUGGAGUUAACAGCUUCCUUAUUAGCUAGCCUUGUUUGCGAUCCUGAGCCUUCCAUACAGGAGCAUGCUAUGGCCCUUGUGCGCAAUCUUAUUGAUGGAUGUGAGGAUUCAAUUGAGUAUGCGUUUGCUGAAGAUGCCAUUGUAUUGAAUACUAUUGGCCGACAAUUGCAAAAUAUUUCAACAGAUGAAAUUGGAGUUCAGGGAAUGUAUGUACUUUGCAAUGUUGCAAGUGGAAAUGAGUUUCAUAAGGAAGGGGUAAUGAAACAACUAUUUCCACGAGGAGAUGACGUGAUCCACUCGUUUGUGGUGAAGUUUUUGCAGAGUGAUAACAGUCAGCUUCGAAUUGCUGCUAUCUGGGCAAUAAUAAAUCUUACUUUGCCUUCAAGUCCUCGUGCACUAGAUCGUGUCACAAAGCUAAGGAAUGCUGGUAUUAUUUCUCAAAUAAAGAAUAUGGUCAAUGAUCCGUGCCUGGACGUAAAGCUCCGUGUGAGAACAGUGCUUGGACAGCUAAUGGCUUUCGGUGAUGGUAUUACAUUAUAAAUUUUCCCAUCCUCAAAACCCAAGAGAAGAAGUGCGGUGCUAGCAGUUUUGUUUUUCAUCCACCGUUCUGUAGGAUAUUGUUGAGCUUUUUGUUGGCGGCUUUGAUCCAUCUGGAGCAUGAAGGCUUUUCUCGUUUUCCAGAAUAUAUUCCACGGGCGGUUCUUGGCCGUACAGGUUAAUCAUAAAAAUCUUCAUUUUUGGAUGCAUACCAGCCUCUAUUGGUGGAAAUUUUGAUCUCUUUUUCUAAAAUUCUUCUUUUUUUUCUCCUGUCACAUGGUCAUAUCAUAUGAUAGUUUGGCUUGAAAGUGUAAUAUAAGACUCGUAAAUAUUACCUAUAAAAAACUUCACUAUUCAAUAUUCAUCAUGUAAUCUGAAUUGCUUUCUCUUUGGUGGAGUUUAGAAUAUAGACAAAGUUGCCUCUUUCAUACCCUGCUCCAGCGGUCACUAAGACCUAGAGGCAUGCUUUCUUUCUGAUAAACAUAUACUGAAGCUAUGUUAUGGAAAAACACCCCAAACCAAAUGGAUGAUUGUUUCGGUAAAUUUUACCUUUUCAGGGAUGGCACAUAUUAUUUGAGCAAA